AUGAGAAAGAUUUUGCAUAUUAUAUUCCUAAAUCUAUGGUUUGUCUUUUCUUUAGCUUCUGGAAGUGAUAUAGAUCAUGAAAAAAAAAAUCUCAUAAAAACAGAAGAAGAUGGAGUGAGUAAAAUAGAAGGGGGAAAAAAUCUGCCAGAAUUAGGAGAAGUUAUGACUUCAAAUUUUACCCAAACUCAUACAGGAAGUAAUUAUGAAUUCCUAAAUUACAUGAACUUAUCUUCAGAAGUAGUCAAAGAAUCCGCAGAUGAAUUAAUUGAAACGUCACUUUUAGGGAUUGGAGCUUUAAAGAUGUCAUUGGAGCUAACAAACCAAACUCAACUACAGGAUUUGGAAUCUGUCUUUAAUGAGACAUAUCUUAAAUAUAAAAAUGAGGUAGCCCCAGUCCUGGAGAAAACUAUUUCGGGAAAAAAAGAAUGGUUUUCAAAUAUAGAUUUGAAGAUACAAGAAAAAUUAAAGGAGUUGAUAGUUCAAAAUGAUGAAACUAACAGUAAGAAGAUGAUAAAGAACGUUCCAUUAAAUUAUAUCAAUGGCAUAGAUGUCAAUAAAUGGUAUCCAUUAUUGGAUUCAAUAAAUAUGUUUGCAAUUUCAAUGUUAAGUGGUGGAUUUUCUGAUAAGAAACAAACACAAAACCUUAAUAAGAAAGAACUGCAAGAACUUGUUGAAAAGAUUAACAAUAUUUUGGUAUUGUUUUCUAUGAUUACUUCCAGUACUUUCUGUAAGCAGAUAGCAUGGGGACUAGUAGUUGGAGAAGGCCAAAGUGUUUCUAUUUUAAAUGGAAUAUCUAGAAAACUCAUUAAAAGAUCUCAAAGUUCGGUUUCACUUUUGAAAAGUAGAAAUGAGUCGGUUAUUAAACAACACAAUUUAUUCAUUAAAAAGAGAAUGGAGUUGGACUCAAAUUUGAAAGGUUUAUUGGACAUCAUUAUUAAGGCUAGAUCUGAUGAGCUUAACUCUCUAAUUAUUGUUGAGGAUAUUUCUCAAGAUCUUCAAUCUUUAAAGUCUCACUAUUUGGAGUUAAAUAAAGAAAAAAGUCAGUGGAUUACCUCAAAUAGAAAACUAGUUAAAGCUUUUGCUGAUUGGCUCCAAAUAUCAGUUGGUUUAAUAUAUAGAGUAAUAUUGGGUCUCUCAAAGUCUUUUUUAGCUUACCAUAUACGUAACUUAUCGGAUUUAGUACUUACACUAAAAGAAAAUAAGGGAGAUUUAGAAGAGGUAGACCAAGGAAUUAAGAAGUCCUUAGAUGUAUUUGAAUUUACAUUAGAUGGUUUGAAGACAGGAAUUUCAUCUUUGAGACAUGAAAAGAAUUCUGAGAUAUUUUCACAAUUACUAAAAAAGUUGCAAGGUCAUUUUCUGACAUUAAAAAAAGGAUACUUAGAGACUUGGAAUGGAUUAUAUAAAUUGAUCAAAGAAAGUGAUCCAAAAGCUCAACUUGAGAAUUUCUUUGAGUCUUCAAAAGACUUAAUAGAGUAUCUUUGGCAGAGAGAAUUGAAAAAUCCAUUUAAGUUUGAUUCAAAUACAGAAUUUCAUAAUAGAAAAAUAGUUGGAUUGUUUAAGAAAGUUGGUGAAUUUCUGAGAUCUGAAAAUGUAUCAAAGAAUACUGAGAUACAGAAUGGUAUAUUAGGGUUAAGGUAUUAUAAUGAAAUGCUUUUUCCAGAUUUGAAACUUCAAAUACAAGUUUUAGAUAAAGAAAAAGAGAGGUUUUCAAUGACAGGAGUCUUUGAUUUGGAAAAAUUGGAAUACUUACUAAAUCAUACAUAUUUAAAUGAAUUGAUUGAAAAAUGUAAUACAAAUUUCAAGAAUUUUCCAAAUAAUCCAACUUUAAGAUUGGGUAUUUCAAACAAAAUGAUGACCAAAACUUCAAUGUGGGAAGAAGAAUCUCCACUAAUUUCUGGACAGGAGGAGCUGAAGAAACUAUCAACAGAUUUCAUACUGGAAAAAAGGUCAAAAAGCUUAAUAAAAAAGUUUUUUGAAACUAAUUUAAUAGGCUCAGAUGGUAGCCAAGAAAAUACUUUAAGAAAUGAGACAAUAGAAAAAUUAUUAGACUUGAAAGAAAAACUAAUGAAACAAAAUUUCAGUCUUCAAAAAGAACUGGAAACUCUUAAGGAGGAAGGUUCAGAAUUGGAUUCUGUUACUAAGCCAUUGUUAAAGAAGAUACAAGGGUUUGAAAUGCAUAUUCAAGUAUUAGAAUCUGCAAUUUCUAAUAUAAAGAGCUCAGAUCAAGAGAAUUUAGACUUUUUAAUUGAGAUUUCUCAAUCUUUUUUGAACAAAGAAGGAACUACAAACGAAAUAUUACCCAAUAAAGAAAGACAGACGAGUAUUAAAAAACUUAAAGAUGAGACAAACAGAUUUAAGAAUGAACUUUCAGGAUUCAAAGUCAUUUUGGACAAAGAUUUAAAAGUGAUUAAAAAAAUCUCAAAAUAUAGUAACGAUAUAAGCAUUUUAGAUGAUAAUUUAAAAAUAAUGGAGAGAUUUUUAUCCCAAAUUCAGGCAAGGAUAGACCUCUUUUGUGGGAGGAUAGACAAGGAUGGGACAUCUAAAACCUCGAGAGCUCUUUCAAUACUCAAAUAUACUUUUAGAAGGAAAAAACCAGAUAAUGAAUGUGAGAGUUUAACAGUGGAAUUUUCCAGGGCAAAGGAGGAAAUUUCAGCUUUUCUAAAGAAUGCAUCAGAAACAGUUUCUGAGUUCUAUGAAGGCUUUAGAAUGUGUAAUGAGGUUGAAGCAAUUUCCUCAAGGUUUAAUAGUAUCGUGAAUGAAUUCCAACUUGCAAAGAAAGAACUGCAAAUUUUACAGUCAUCUUAUUUAAAUAAAAGCUUAGAUCAGGGAAUAAAACUCCUGGAAAAAAGCAUGCAAAAGCUUUCUCAAGAUUCUAAGGCAGUUACUAAAGAAUUGAAAUGUUAUAAUGAAAUUAUUUCUAAUCCAGAAGUUAUAACAAUGUAUAUCAAAAAUGUCAGAAAAGAAAUGUUCAAGCUACAGAAUACUAUUGAGAGAGAAUUAAAUAAUUAUAUUUACAAGAAUUAA